AUGUCGUCGUCGCAUAGACUGAGAUCUUCGAGCAAGACUCCUACCAGCGAAAGAAGGAGACGCCAAUCGAAUUCACAGUCUUCCACAUCAAAGCCAUCGUUAUACUUCAAAGCAAAGAAAGAUCCCAAUGGAGGAACUCCCACAACGUUAGAUCCUUACCUGCCCAACCGAGCGUCACAGACAUUUCAGAGCAAAACUUCCAUCCCACUUGACUACUUCACAAACAACCACUUUUCAACCUCGUUCAACUCAUUGAUAUUGGAUGAUGAUGAAGAUGCGACCAUCACGAGAAACAGAAUCAGCAGAUCGCCACCGUUCAAUGUGAAAGACCCGAAACCAUCUUCAUCAAGAAGUAGCGCAAGUAAUAGCAGCAGCAGCAGCAGCAGCAGCAGUAGCAACUACUAUGAAAGUGAGGGUGAUGACGAUAUCAAUGACAGGGGUACAGAAGUUGGGGAAGACUUCUCUGCGAUUACCAUUGAUAAAUUUAAAAAGUACCAGUCUCCAGUGAAAGCAAAUCGUAAACUUUUCAACUCAAAUACCACCGUGAUAUCUGACGAUACCAUUGUAGACGAUACCAUUAUUGAGCCAAGGAGCCAAAGUGCGUCGCAACAAUCGUCCAUUAAAAGGUCAUCCAAGUUUUUAAACUUAUCAAUUGAAAGCAGCCAUAACAAAUUCAUUCACCAAAGCGCCAGCAGUAGCAGUAGUGGUGGCAGCAACACCGCUCACAGCAUGGGCCGUGGUAGCGGAAAUGGUAGUUCAGACGGCAUAACUGCUCCUAAUUCCAAUGGGCGUAAUCCUAAGUUUGAUGAUCCUCAACAAUACGAAGAUAUAGAUUACAUAAGUGAUUUGAACGAGAUAGACUCUUCAAUUACUCCUAUAAAGCAUCACCAUCAACAUCAACGUAAGUCAGCAACAGCAAAGCUACACUCGUCCGCAUCCACGUCCACCACCACUACACCAUUUCAAAACAAUAAGUUCAAAAGACCUCAUAUCCUUAUAAGCCAAUCACCAUCACCUUCAUCAAAAGAUAACGGGAAAAUCGUGAAUAAAAGUCAAUUGUUCAAACCACAUGAACAGUUUGUAAAUGAAUUGGAGCAGAUGCAGAAGCCAAAAUUAUAUUCCCCAUCUAAAUUAGGUGUAAACUUCAAGUUAUUAAAGAAUUCCAAUAAAGAUGCAAUUAUUUCUCCAAACAGACCCCAUACUCCAAGGAAGGAAAUAAUUAACAGCUCAAGCAAUUUAAGUGGUGGAAUAUUUGGCCAUAUGGAUAGACAGAAGCGAGCAUUGAGUGGAAGUCUGAAUCAUGCAAGAUUGUCCAGUAGUGGACCUGCUAGCAAUAUUAAAAGUCCAUUCACUACUGGUAACGAUGAAAUAGCUCCACGUCCCAUGUCACCUUCAUCAAACUCUGCACAAGUACUUAUGGCUGCAUCUAACACGCUUCAACAGCAAUUGUGCGCGUUACCAACAUCAUCAUCACCAGUUUUGCAUGGGUUCGAGUUUUACAACUUGGACAACCUUGAUAGUAUGGAAAUAGAUGACAGUCCAUCGAAGGGAAGGAAAUUUUCCAACUCUUCGAACAUCAACACCACCACAAACAACAGCAAACUCAAUAGCAUAUCUAAUACCCCCAAGAAUAACAACGAUAGCAUAAUAAUAUACCAAGACAAGGAUAAAGAUAAUGAAAAUGACAUAUUGAAAUCCAGAAAGAAAGUACGAAAUCAACAAGAAGUUAUUACAUAUGAUGAUAAGGAGAAUUUAGAUAAGAAGUUCCAUACCUCAUCCUAUAAGUUCGUUAAACCAUUACAAACAGCAUUCAAGUCAACUGGGUUAAUGAAGAAGAAUUCGCUCAGCAAUAAAAUAGAAGGAGAAAGAAAGCUUCCACCUGAGACGCCAAUAAAGAGGCACCCAAUUAUGUUGUUGGGAAACUCAAGUAACAUCACCUUGGAACACCAGCAACAACAACCACAACCUCACCUUAUUGGCCCGCAACUGAGAGAGUCUUCGUUUAGCCAAAUGAUAUCAUCAACACAAGAUGAAGACUACCUUGACAAUUCCAUUGAAAUUGGAAGAAAUACGUCCACUACUGGUGGAGGUAAUGCUGACAACUCCAUAAGCGAUACUUCUUCCACUUUUUUCAGAUCCAAUCAGACUUCAUCGUCUCAAAAAAUUAUUCACAACAUCUUGCUGCAUAACAAUGGGGACUUGGACCUCGAAUUUUCUGGAAGUGAAGCUGAUUUUGACAGAAAUGUUUCUACUUCGAGUCAAAGUGAUUUUCCACAGGAGAGUAACCAUGAGAUAUUGAACGCUGAAUUAUUAGGUCAUUCGGAUGAAGUUAAGUAUGGAAAUUCUAUGACAGUAGAUGCAGAUAUAGAUGAAGACUUAAUCCCUGAAACUCCGACAAAAUCUACGGCAGUCAAGAAAUCUUCAUCUAUGCCUGCUAAUUUUCUGCCUGUUUCAUUCUCGAAAAGGAGAUCAUCUAGGGUAAAGGACAAGAAACUACCAAAGUUGAAUAUGCUUUCAAUGUCAAAAUAUAAACUUAAAAGUGAUGAACCAAGUACUCCAAUUAUGAACAUAGUUCAAUUAGCUCAUGAAAACAAAGUUGACUCCAAGGAUUAUGCUAUAGCCAGAGGAGGAGGAGUAGGAGGAGGUCGUAGCACAAUUGACAUGGGAAUCAACAGUGGCAUCCCAUCAUCUGACGCCACAUCACAUAAUUACUCAUCUACUUUGGACUCUAUCAACUCUUCUCAAGCAACAUUAUGCACAGAAUCAUUAGCUAGAGCAACUAAGAUAGAUGAUCAUUUGAUAAACAAAUUUGGAGUGAAGAACAUCAAAUACUUGGGUACUGGUGAGUUCUCAGUUGCCUUCGAAUGUUCAUUCCAAGAUCAAAGAUUAGCGAUCAAAAGAUCAAAGAAGCAAAUCAUUGGAAAGUUGGAAAAGAAGGCCAUUCUCCGUGAAAUUGAAGCUUUGAGAGCUUUAACUUCAGUUAAGGACAAUGAUAAGUUGAAUCAGCUUGAACAAGAUGCUGGGAAGGAGUAUUUGGUAUACUUCAUUGAAGCAUGGGAUUUCAAUAACUACUAUUAUAUAAUGACCGAAUAUUGUGAAGGUGGAACUCUUUUCGAAUUUUUAGAAGAGAAUAAGAACUACAAGAUCGAUGAAUUCAGAAUAUGGAAGAUUCUUAUUGAAAUUCUAAGCGGAUUGAAGUUUAUUCACCUGCAAAAUUACUUGCAUCUUGACUUAAAGCCAGCAAAUAUAUUCAUAACAUUCGAAGGUUCAUUGAAGAUAGGUGAUUUUGGAUUAGCAACCAAGUUACCUAUUUUGGAAAAGGAUUUUGACUUAGAAGGUGAUAGAAACUACAUUGCACCAGAAUUAAUUAAUGAUAAGAUUUAUACCCCAUUUGCAGAUAUCUUUAGCGUUGGUUUGAUCAUUUUGGAAAUUGCAGCCAACAUUAUAUUGCCUGACAAUGGUACCCCAUGGAGAAAGCUCAGAUCUGGAGAUUUAUCAGACGCUGGGAAACUAUCAUCGGAUAAUAUCAGUGACUUCUUACAGCAUCAGAACUUCAGCUCCUUGUCAUCGUACAACAGUUGUGGGAUGUCCUCCACUAGCUCGUUGAGUCACCAUUUCCACAAUACAAACUUGCAACAUCCACCAAACACUGCACCAAGUACCGCUGCUACAAGCACGACAACCAGAUCAGGGCCAGGUUCAGGAACCGGCAUAAGAACCGAAUUAAAAGAUUUAAUUCCCUUAUGGGCACCUGAGUUUUUGGUUGGGAACUCGGUCGUCAAUUUGGAUUCAUUGGUUUCCAAGAUGUUGAACCCAAAUCCGUUCGACAGACCCACAGCUAAAAUGAUUUUAGAGAUGAAUGAAUGUGUAUUGAUUGAAAAUAGAAGGAAAGCUAGUGCCACCAUUUUCGAAGGUGAGUUUGGUCCUAGUAGCGACGAUGACUAG